ACGUGAACUAUUUUAAUUUCAUUACAAUAACAUCCAUAAUUCAUCCCAAAUCAUGGAGCAUCUUUAUGCAAUUUUCACCACUCUUUUCUUUAUCUUUAUGCUCUUCAAAAAAUGGAAAUCACCAAAAAAUCUUCCUCCAGGACCCUCCAAGCUUCCUAUCAUAGGAAACAUUCAUCAACUCAUCGGCUCUCCGCCGCAUCACCGACUACGCGAUUUAGCCAAGAAAUACGGAAGCAUUAUGCAUCUUCAGCUCGGUGAAAUUUCGAAUAUCGUAAUUUCAUCGCCCGACGCUGCAAAACAAGUGAUGAAAACUCACGACAUUGUUUUCGCUCAGAGACCAUUUAUAUUAGCUGCGAGUAUUAUUACUUACAACUUCACAGAUAUCGCGUUCUCUCCGUAUUCUGAUUACUGGAGACAGCUGCGUAAAAUCUGCAUACUCGAGUUGCUCAGCGCGAAACGAGUUCAGUCUUUCAGAUCGAUCAGAGAACACGAAGUGUCCAAUCUGAUAGCUGAAAUUUCUUCCUUUUCCGGAGAAUUAUUCAACUUUAGCAGGAAGUUGUUUUCUUUAAACUAUGGCGUUGCAGCUCGGGCGAGUUUCGGUAAAAAAUGUAAAGAUCAAGAGGAGUUUAUACCUCUUGCUGAAGCAAUGACAAACGCGGCCGGAGGAUUCGGUCUUGCGGAUCUGUUUCCUUCCAUUAAACUGUUACAGUUAGCUAGCGGAACAACAUCCAAACUUAUGAAGCUGAGAGAUGCAGCAGAUAGGAUAUUUGAUAGCAUAAUUGAGGAUCAUAGAGGUAGAAAAAAUAGAGGAGAGGUGAGAGGUGAAGGUGAAGAAGAUGAUCUUGUUGAUGUUCUUUUAAGGCUUCAAGAAAAUGGAAACUCUGAAUUUAAAUUGACAACCGACAACAUCAAAGCAGUCAUCCUGGACAUUUUCAUAGCUGGUAGUGAAACAUCAGCAACAACCGUAGAAUGGGCAAUGUCUGAAAUGCUGAAAGCUCCAAGAGUGAUGAAAAAGGCACAAGAAGAGAUUAGAAGAGUGGUCGGAAACAAAACAAAUGUUGAUGAAACAGACAUUCAGGAACUGAAAUAUUUAAAAUUAAUAAUCAAAGAAACACUGAGAUUACACCCUCCAUCUCCGUUAUUACUCCCUAGAGAAUGCAGGGAGAAUUGUGAAAUUAACGGAUAUAAUAUACCGGUUAAAUCCAAAGUCAUUGUUAAUGCGUAUGCAAUCGGAAGAGAUCCAACUUACUGGACCGAUGCCGAGACAUUUUAUCCAGAGAGAUUUCAUGAAAGUUCAAUCGAUUUUAAAGGAAAUAACUUCGAGUUUAUACCAUUUGGUUCUGGAAGAAGAAUGUGUCCUGGAAUUUUGUUCGGCAUAGCGAAUGUUGAACUGCCACUCGCAAGCUUUUUGUUCCACUUUGAUUGGAAACUUCCUGAAGGAAUGAAACCAGAAAAUCUUGAUAUGAUUGAAGAUUUUGGUGCUACGGUUAGAAGGAAAAAUGAUCUAAGCUUAAUAGCCAUGCUUCGCCAAUAUUAAUUAAUAUGCUCAGCCUGUUCAUCAUUCAGGUUAGCUAAUUAAUUAAUAAUUAAGAAAAUUGUAAUGUUUGCUAAGCCCUUUAUAUUUUGCCGAUGGAUGCAUAUGAUCACUAGCUUAGAUAAAUAAAAAAAAUAGCAAAAUAAUCUUUAAUCGUA